AUCUGAGCUAGAAUCUCUCUUUCCGCUAGUAAAAGAAAGAAAGAAAAGAAAAAAUUCAAAUGGUAACCACGAAAUAGCAGCAGCAUACAUAUAUUCAAAUUAAAACCCGCUAAAAACUGUAAUUGCUUCUUCGUUUUCUUCUUCUGCAGCUUCUCGCUUCUCUCAGUUCAGUGCCCAGAGUAGAGGCUAGAGCUCCUUUCAGAAGACCGAAACCUAGGGUUAGUGUUUUCGUUCUUGUGCAGACUGCAGAGCCAUGGAAGCCGCAGUGGUCGACCCCGGUUCCAGCCUCCUCAAAGCCGGUUUCGCGAUUCCCGAUCAAGCUCCCGCCAUGAUAAUUCCUACCCAAAUGAAGCGAAUGCUCGAUGAUGGGUCGAUGACGGAUAACCCGGCAGUCGAUGACGUUGCCGUUGAUCCGGUGUGCAGAGGUUAUGUCAGUGAUUGGGAUGCCAUGGAGGAUUUGCUGCAUUAUGUAUUGUAUACUGGCUUUGGAUGGGAAAUGGGCAAUGAAGGACAAAUACUGUUCACGGAUCCACUUUGUACUCCAAAGGCUAACAAGGAACAGUUAGUGCAACUAAUGUUUGAAACAUUCAACAUAUCAGGGUUUUAUGCUUCCGAACAAGCAGUGUUGUCACUAUAUGCUGUAGGACGUAUCUCUGGAUGCACAGUUGAUAUUGGUCAUGGAAAAAUAGAUAUUGCACCAGUGAUUGAGGGUGCUGUUAACCACAUUGCCUCAAGAAGAUUUGAGUUUGGAGGUAUUGAUCUAACUAAUUUCCUGGCUCAAGAACUUGGCAAAUCCAAUCCGUUAGUGAAUAUCAGCAUCUCUGAUGUUGAGAACAUAAAACAGCAAUACUCGUGCUGUGUUGAAGAUGAAUUAGCUUAUCAGAAGACCCAAGGUUCCUGCCCUGUGGAGACACAUACCCUUCCUGAUGGACAGGUGAUUACAAUUGGAAGAGAAAGAUAUACUGUUGGCGAAGCUUUAUUCCAGCCAUGUCUAUUGGGUUUGGAGGCUCAUGGCAUUGUUGAGCAGCUUGUCCAUGCUAUUUCAACGGUGUCAUCUGAAAAUCAUAGGCAACUUCUUGAAAAUACUGUGGUUUGUGGUGGCACUUCUUCUAUGACUGGUUUUGAAGAGAGAUUUCAGAAGGAAUCUAGCCUAAGUUCAUCUGCUAUUCGACCUACCCUAGUAAAGCCUCCAGAAUACAUGCCAGAAAAUUUAACCAUGAAUUCUGCAUGGGUGGGAGGUGCCAUACUUGCCAAAGUAGUUUUUCCUCAAAAUCAGCAUGUAACCAAGGCAGAUUAUGAUGAAACUGGGCCUUCCAUUGUUCACCGGAAAUGCUUUUGAUGGGAUUCAUCUGCACAAUUUCUUCAAACAGGACAGUUCCUUUACGCUUGUAUUAGUACAUGUGGUAGGCCUUCAUUUGACUCAGAUUCAAAAUGCUAACUCACUAGAUGUUUAGGUACUUGCAUGUUUUUAAAAACUGUAGUGGAUCUCCAUUGACUAUAUGCAAUCAUAUUUCCUUGCUCAAGUGUCAAGGCAACCACAGGUAGAUGAUUUCAGUAAAACCUGGCUCUGACAAAAUCAUAUAAUGUAUGUUACAGCAACAGCAGCUUGCUUAUCUUUGUAAUGAGCAAGCCUGCACCAGAUUCAGUUUGGUCCCCAGUGACCUCUACCUGUACUGUUGCACAGAUUUUCUGCACCUCUCCUGUAACUAAUUAUUACACUUUGAUUUGCUUGUAUUUUGUUCUUCAUCGAUAACAUUUCUUAAUCAGUUAUGGUGAAGUUAGUAACACAUUUUAAAGUCUA